UGUUCGACGUGGACACAAAGUACGUCGCACUGCUUCCUCUUCCUCGACGUGUUUCCUUCCUCUUCGAGGCCACUUCAGUUCACCAAACUCUUUUAUUGUUUCUCCUGUGACCGGGAGACUCAAAAAAAAAAAUCUGCCCUCGGGUGUUGGAGCGCAGUACGACACAGUGUGUGACCUCCUCUGGUGGUUAGGACCCCUCCUGUAGCCAUUUCAGUGACCUCUGUGACCCUUUUAUGAGUUUUUCUUCACCAUACUUUGAUCCCCACUACUCACGUGUUUUAUAGCAUCGGUUCUGCACCCGUUUCUGACUCAGAGAGUCACUUGAAUCAUGACGCGCAACCAACAGGACAUCUGAUGCCCCCCCCCCCCGUUGUCCUCUCUCGUGUUCUGUUGCAGUUCUGCGUGGAGUUGAACCAGGGAACGCUGGCCAGCGUGCGGAAGUGGAAGAGGCCGCGAGGGCUGUGGAAAAGCGUCGUGUCGGAAAAACCGACCGGACGCUCCGGCAAGGGCGCGAGCUACUCCGGCUUUCUGUGGGACACUUUGUCCGGUAUUGACCUGAAGGAUGCUGCGGUCCUGGAGUCUCCGGUCGUCAACGGCAACGGAUGCCACACCUACCCUCGCCUCUACCUGGCUCACUUCUCUGUCGGUACGUACGAGCUGAGUGUGGUCAACGUCCACAUGCAGGCCGCAGCUGCAUCGGGGGAGUCCAACGGCAAGAACCACUGCGCAGACGAAGCCAAGUGUCCGCCCCUCCCCCCCAGCAUCCAGGACACCCUCAAAGCCGAGAAGGAGCUGCUGGUGCUGGGAGAUUUUGGCCGGCCUGCUCAGAGCUCAGAGAUGGACGUGCUGAGGAAGGAGAAGCUCUGUGCCCUGGUGCCGUCCUCCCAGUUCACCAACAUCAGCACCCGCUCACCCCAGGGCACCCGCUGUCUGGACAACAUCUGGGUGAGCCGCUCCCUCAAGAAGAUCUAUUCUGGCCACUGCGCGGUGGUGCGGGAGGGCCUGACCAACCCCUGGAUCCCGGACAACUGGUCGUGGGGCGGCGUGGCGUCGGACCAUUGCCCCGUGGUGGCCGAGUUCUACGCCGACGCGUCCCCCAAGGAGCCGAGCAGGCCCGGCGUGGCAGUGGUGGACCGGGGAGACGUUAUGCCCAAACACGAGCGGUGACAGACAAAGACGGUAGUGACACAAGACUUUAAACACCCCCCCCCCGCCCCCCCGGGGUGAAGCAAAGUGUUUCCUGAUGAAUGUGAAGUGCCAAGAUUGCCUUUUUGGUUUUAAAUUUAUCAAUGUAUGAUAGCCACUGGUGAUAGAGCCAUAAAAUGUUCCGACAAUAUAUAUAUAAUGUACUUUAAAAAGAAAUGUGCCAAACAUUUUCUAUAUGUAUAUAAAAUAAAGAGAAAUUGAUAGAUGU